GGGAGAGACGGGGCGGGGCUCCACGCUUGUUGUUCGUCACUUGGUGCAAAGCCCGAGAGAGUCUCCGGAGAGAACAACGAGCUCAUUCACGGAGUGGCAGCGAGGCGGGCAGCCAAGACGGGCGAGGAACGCGCCCCGCCAGCCUGGAUUUUCCUCCUCGCCCUCUAUCCAGCGACAAGCCUUUCCCUGGGAUUUGCAGCCGCGAGUGGCGCACCCUCCCGGCCCCAUGCCGCCGCUUCUCUACCUGUCCCUCCUGCCGGGGCUCGUCCUCGCCUUCAACCUGGACACGGGCAACGUGGUCAUGUGGAGCGGGGACUCCGGAAGCCUCUUCGGCUUCUCCCUGGCGAUGCACCGGCAGCUGCAGCCCGAGGACAAGAGGCUGUUGCUGGUUGGUGCCCCUCGAGAAAGAGCUUUCCCAUCACAGCUAGCCAAUAGAACUGGAGGGUUGUAUAGCUGUGACAUCUCAACUCCAAAUGCAAAAUGCACACGAAUAGUAUUCGAUGAGAAAGCUGAUCUGAGUAAAGAAAGCAAGGAAGACCAAUGGAUGGGUGUUACUGUCCAGAGUCAAGGGCCUGGAGGGAAAGUAGUGACUUGUGCCCAUCGCUAUGAGAAAAGGCAGUACGUCAACACGAUCCAGGAAACCCGAGAUAUCAUUGGAAAGUGCUAUGUGCUGAAUCAGGACCUCUCCAGCAGCGAGGAAAUGGGUGGCGAGGAUUGGAGCUUUUGCGAUGGCCGGUUGCGAGGCCACGAGAAGUUUGGCUCCUGCCAGCAAGGCGUAGCUGCCACUUUUACCAGAGAUUUUCAUUAUGUUGUGUUCGGGGCACCGGGUGCUUAUAACUGGAAAGGAGUGGUGCAUGCAGAGCAAAGGAAUCAGUCAUAUUUUGAAAUGGGUAUCUAUGACGAUGGGCCUUACGAAGUUGGCGGGGAGAACCAGCUCGAUGAGAGCCUAGUUCCUGUUCCAUCUAACAGUUACUUAGGUUUUUCUCUGGACUCUGGAAAAGGCAUCACUUCGCAGAAUGAGCUCACUUUCGUGUCUGGAGCUCCGAGAGCAAACCACAGUGGAGCGGUUGUCCUUUUGAAAAAAGACACUGUCAUUCAACGGGCAUUAUCUCCUGAGCACACCUUUGAAGGCGAGGGGCUGGCCUCCUCUUUUGGCUAUGAUGUGGCCGUUGUAGACCUCAACAGUGAUGGUUGGCAAGAUAUUGUUGUUGGAGCACCACAGUACUUUGACAGGGAAGGAGAAAUUGGCGGUGCUGUGUACAUUUACAUUAAUCAGCAAGGCAAGUGGGAAGGGGUCAAACCAGUUCGGCUCACAGGACCAGCAGACUCCAUGUUUGGAAUCGCAGUGGAAAAUAUUGGUGACAUUAACCAAGAUGGAUUCGAAGAUAUUGCUGUAGGGGCUCCAUAUGACGACUCUGGCAAGGUGUAUAUCUAUCACGGCUCCAAGAACGGGAUAAACACAAAACCAGCACAGAUUCUGGAUGGUGGGGCAAACGGAGUCUCGUCCUUUGGUUAUUCUAUCACCGGAAACAUGGACCUUGACAAAAACUCCUAUCCUGAUAUUGCUGUUGGGUCUCUUUCAGAUUCUGUAGCUGUUUACAGGUCGCGGCCUGUGGUGAACGUUAAGAAAACUAUUAAGAUAGAUCCCGGCAGAAUAGACCUAAAGAAAAAGAACUGUGAAGUCCCCAGCGGGAUUUGCGUGAAUAUUGAAGCAUGCUUUGAGUAUACAGCUAGUUCCAGUGACUUCAACCCCAAACUAAUUCUGAACUAUACAAUUGAAGCAGAAAAUGAGAGGAGGCGAUCGGGCUGGCCGUCCAGAGUGCAGUUUUCCGACCGACUCUCUUCUAGAGGGCAGUCUCUUGAGCGACUCUCUGAUCAGUUGAGUGGGAGUGUGACUCUCCAAGGACAGAAGAAAGAAGAGUGUGUGACAAAAAAACUCGUAUUGCAGGAAAAUAUCAAAGAUAAACUGCGUCCAAUUCCUAUAACAGUUGGCGUCGCAAUAAACGGCUCCGAGUCCAGCUCUCAGUCAAGGAGGAGGCAAGGACGGUCGCUCCCAGAACUUCUUCCCAUUCUAAAUUCCAAUGAACCAAGUACAGUUAAUGCGGAAGUGCAGUUCCUGAAAGAAGGUUGUGGAGAAGACAAUAUUUGCCACAGCAAUCUGAAGCUUCAUUACAGAUUUUGCACCAAAGAAGGGAAUGAAGACAGAUUUUCUUAUUUACCAGUUAAGAACAACAUUCCAGUGCUUGUCCUCAAAGACCAAAAAGACAUUGCCCUUGAAAUCACAGUGACAAACAGUCCGUCGGAUCCGAGAGAUCCUGAGAGAGAUGGAGAAGAUGCCCAUGAAGCCAGACUCAUAGCUACCUUUCCAGAUAGCUUGACUUAUUCUGCUUUUAGGGAGCUGAAAGCCUUUCCGGAGAAACAAUUGACCUGCGGGGCUAAUCCAAACGGCUCUCAAGUAGACUGUGAACUUGGAAAUCCUUUCAAGAGAAAUUCUUCCGUUACAUUCUACGUGAUUUUAAGUACAAGUAAAGUUAAUGUCGAUACCAAGGACUUGGACAUUAAUCUGAAAUUGGAGACAACAAGCAAUCAAGUUAAUUUGGAUCCAAUUACCGCUAGUGCUAAAGUAGUUAUUGAACUGCUUUUGUCACUCACAGGGGCGGCUAAGCCUGCCCAGGUGUACUUUGGAGGCAAUGUCAUCGGCGAAAGUGCUAUGAAAUCUGAGGAGGACAUCGGCAGCUUAAUAGAAUAUGAAUUCAGAAUAAUUAACUUGGGCAAGCCACUAAAAACAUUUGGCACAGCUUCCUUGGACAUCCUGUGGCCAAAAGAAAUCAAGGGAGGCAAAUGGCUGCUGUAUUUGGUGUCUAUCAACUCCAAAGAGUUAGGAGAAGUCCAGUGCGAACCUCAGAAUGAAAUAAACCCUUUGGGAAUUAAGAUGUCUCGAAGUUCAAGGACAAAACGUCAAGUCUCAGAGAAACAGACAGAGGGUGGCAAAGGCUUUUCUUUGUUUUCAGAAAGAAAAUAUAAGACUUUGGAAUGUAACGAGGAGGCAAACUGUGUCACCAUAAGAUGCCCACUACAAGGACUGGACAGCAAAGCAUCUGUUGUGUUGCGUUCGAGACUAUGGAAUAGCACUUUUCUAGAGGAAUACUCUAAAAUGAGCUACCUAGACAUUGUCCUUAGAGCAACCAUCAGCAUCGCUGCGGCAGAUAACAUUAAGCUGGCAAACGAAGCUACUCACGUGCGGGUGACUGUCUUCCCUGCAAAGACAGUAGCUCUGUAUAAAGGGGUGCCUUGGUGGAUCAUCUUAGUAGCUAUUCUUGCAGGCUUGUUAAUGCUUGCUCUGUUGGUAUUCUUGCUAUGGAAGUGUGGUUUCUUCAAGAGAGAUAAGAAAGAUCAUUAUGAUGCCAAAUAUCACAAGGCUGAAAUCCAUGCUCAGCCAUCUGAUAAAGAGAGGCUUACUUCUGAUGCAUAGUAUUGAUCUACUUCUGUAAUUGUGCGGGUUCUUCCAGCGUUCCAGGUACGAUGACAGCGUCCCACGCUACCACGCUGUAAGAAUUCGGAAAGAGGAGAGGCAGAUCAAAGAAGGAAAAACUAAAGAGAAUUAUGCAAA